ACUAGGCAACAGAGUUAUGUCCCACACUAAAGCAAAGGUCCAGCCCAAGUGCACACUCUUUUCUUGAGACUCUCUUGCAUCAGUAAGGGUUGGAUUAGGAACUCAGAUACCUGUCUGCUCUCUGAGAACUCAACGUAAGGGAUUAGUAGAGGAGAGCUGAAAUGGCAAAGACCAACGGACGAAGCGAGAGGAUAACAUGUUGUCAAAAUGACCGAACCAUCACAUAAGAACAACUCUACUCAAGAGGAGCGCACAAACCAUGUGUUUCCAGAGAAAAGCAGUCAGAUUGGACAGAAGCAACUGCAACAGAUAGAACGGCAGCUAAAGUGCUUGGCAUUUCAAAACCCUGGACCUCAGGUGGCAGAUUUUAACCCCGAGACGAGGCAGCAGAAAAAGAAAGCACGAAUGUCGAAGAUGAAUGAGUAUUUUUCUGUGAAGUACAAGGUGAUGAAGAAGUACGACAAAAAUGGCAGGCUGAUCUGUAACGAUGUGGACUUGUGUGACUGCCUGGAGAAGAACUGCCUGGGAUGCUUCUACCCGUGUCCCAAGUGCAACUCCAACAAGUGUGGGCCGGAGUGCCGGUGCAACCGGCGCUGGGUCUAUGAUGCUAUCGUCACCGAGUCUGGCGAGGUCAUCAGCACCCUGCCAUUUAGUGUUCCAGACUAGGAGAUGAUAUGCGUAGAUUCUCAUUAUUUCUCUCUCGCCCCUCCACCCCGCCCUGCGUGUGUGUGUACGUGUGUGUGUGUACUUGUUUGUUUUGAGACAGGGUCUUAUCUGUGCUGGCCUUGAACUUAUGGCAAUCCUCCUGCCUCAGCUUCCCAAGUUGUAUUCAUUUAGGUAUAUUACAUCACACCUGGCUUCUGUUUCUUAUACAUAUAUACAUACAUAUAUAAUAUAUUGCAUAAUAUAUAUAUAUUUAAGUCAAACUUCUUUCUUUUGGAUAAGUGUUAGUGUUUAGGCAAAAUAUUAUCUCAGGCUACCGAUGGCUGUAGAAUGGAUGAUGAUUGUGUAGACCCUCUCAGCUUCCUCAGCUCAUGGCCAAAGGCUGCAAGAGUGGACGACCAGUCUCCCUCACUGGCAGAACUCUCUGCCUUAAAGUCACCUCUCCCUUCUCAGGGUGUCUGGUUGAGAACUCCAUAGUUUUAAGAUUUGCACAACUCUGCAUCUGAAAGCUGUUACCUAGAACAUACAACCAAAUGUAUGUCUUUCUUAGAAUGUCAUAUAUUACUAAGAAAAGCAAGCUUGUGCCUUUGUACUAUAUAUCUUUAGUCUUAUUUUUUUAUUGUUUAUAUUUUGAGGUUAAACUUAAAUUUGGUGAUGAUAAUAUUUUUAUUACCAAACAUUUAUAUUUUACUAAAUUAUAUGUUAGUUGACUAAACUGAGAAGCAAAGACUUGAAUGUGCUAAAAGUCAGUGAUUAACACAUUUCCUUACAAGAUCAGUAUUUCAGGACUUUUUUUUAAAAGGAAGUUAGCCUUAAAUGAUACUCAGUGGCUUGCAUGUUUACUAGUUGGAUGGAUGGAUGAGCAGCUGACUGAAAGCAUGAUGUGGGUAUCUCCAUUCUAAUAUACUGUAGCAGGUGUCUGGAAAGUUGAAUUCAGCCUUCUAUGAACAAAUUUGUGUCUCUCUCUGUGUGUGUGUGUGUGUGUGUGUGUGUGUGUGUGUGUGUGUGUGUGUGUGCUCGAGUGCGUUCAUGUACCUGCAGAGGCCAGAGAUAUUGGCUUCUUUGGAGCUUGAGUUACUGACUUUUAUGAACCACUUGAAAUCAGUGCUGGGAACCAAACCCAGGUCCUUUGCAAGAGCAGUGUGUGCUUUAAAUGUCUGAACCAUUUCUCCAACGCCAAACCUGUUACUUUCCCCCAUCUUAAGUCAGAGUUUCUCUUAUGUUCAUUGUCUGGAAGGUUCUCAAAUCCUCAGUCACUAACUUAAGAUGUGUACUGUGACUCAAUUUACAUUUGAAACAAAUUCCCAGGUGAUGCUGAUGUCACAGACCUGGGGGCCAUGUAUUAAAACAUAUAUGAAAAGCACUUCUCUAAAUUACAUUAAGAUAUGUAAUGAAAAGAAGUGUCUAAACACUGGGGCUUAAUGACUUGGUACUAUUUUAAACCUAAAUAUCUUGUUUUAAAUAAAUGUGUGAAGUGUUGAAA